AUGGGUUGGGUCAGCUUCAUCCACGUCGCUGCUUGGUCGCAGCACCGGAGCCCAAGUCCCGGUCCGCAGCGUACCUUAGGCCAUCUCCGAUCCCUCUCCAGCAUGUCACCGUCCGCUAUUUCCCGGUCAAGGUCGCCGGUAAAGUCACAGUCCUCGUCGAACAUAGCUACCGAGAUGAUGGUUCCACCCAAAACCGAUUCUCUCAACGCCCCGCAACCUAAGAGGAUGCCGUCACAAAAUUCUUUAAUGGAAGACCAAGAUCAUAGUACAAUCCCCGACCCUCGAAUACGCGUAGUAAGCCCUGCGAACGGCGACAACCUUCACCCCGACUUAGACCAGGAAGUAGCCGCGCUUAGCACGAAGCUCAUCAACGCGAUCAACCAUCAGACGAGUCUUGACGACACACUUUCGGCGACAAGGCAGGAUUUAGAAGCUUCUCGAGAACGAGUACGGGAACUUGAGGAACAAGUAGCACGUCAACAAGAAACUCUAUCCGGCGAUGUCUGGGUCAAGCGCAAAAGUGUUGAGGCCGAGAAGAGUAAACUUUUGAACCGGAUUGUCGAAGAAAAGAAAUUGCGUGCUGAAGUUGAAAAGGACAAGAAGAAAAUAGAACAGGAACUGGAGACAUUGACAGUUUCGCUAUUUGAAGAGGCAAACAAGAUGGUUAUCACAGCCAAAGAGGAUGCAAAAAGGGAUCAGGAGGCACUUCACCGGAAAAAUGAACAAUUAAAGGCUCAAUUGGCUGAUACCGAAAGUCUCUUGAAGUCUCAACAAGAACAACUGGCUGAGUUAAAGAUAGUCAUGGAACAAAUAACAGCUGAACGCGACGAUCAUAGUGGUACCGCUCCUUCAUCUCCAGGGUUUAGCAAAUUUGAUUCAAGAGAUGACGAUACCCAAAUCUCCGAAGGCAUAUCACAUUCCGGCCCCGUGGAGUCGUUUCCUCCUACGUAUCCCACCAAUCUAGGUCAUCUUAUCCAUCCUGUACUACGAACCGAUCUUUCCGCCUACGACGACUUCGUGUCACUCAUCCAGACGUCGAAGAAAGUGUCCAAUAGCCGAGCUUCGUCAGGGUCGUAUAGUGGACUAAACCCUCUUCUUAGCUUUACUGGUUCUGGACAUGCUUCAGCUCCAUCGAAUUCGUCGACAGCUUCUCUUUCUACCCUUGCAACUCACAGCCCGAACGUUUCUCCGCAAACGCCGAACACACCAGCUUCAGUACUUAGCUCAGGGUCUACUGCUUCAUCCGCCCCAUUGCCGCCUUUGAAAGACACCAAAUUUUACAAGAGGGUGCUAGCUGAGGAUAUCGAACCUACGCUCCGCCUUGAUAUUGCACCGGGUUUGUCAUGGUUAGCCCGCCGAUCUGUGCUGAACGCAAUGAUGGAAGGAACUCUUGUUGUGGACCCGGUCCCAACAACUUCUCCUUUCCAGGCAAUUAGUAAACCUCAGUUCUAUCCUUGUUCACUUUGCGGUGAGGCACGUAAGGAUACGCCACAUCUACGCAACCAUCGCUUCCGAACGAGCGAGUCGGACUCUGCCCAGCGAUAUCCCCUUUGCAAGUACUGCCUCGAUCGCGUGAGAUCGACCUGCGACUUCCUCGGAUUUCUACGUCUAGUAAAAGAUGGGCAUUGGCGUGCCGAGGAUGCUGAAUCCGAGCGAGCUGCCUGGGAAGAGAGCGUUCGGUUGCGAGACCAAAUGUUUUGGAGCCGCAUAGGUGGCGGAGUUGUUCCAAUAAGUAGCCAUGGCCAUGGUCAUUCCGUCAGCAUUAGCGAAAGAUCUGUCCGGAAUAGUCAGGAUGCCAACGGGGCUCCAGCCGAUGUUCAAAAAGAAGACGAGGCUAAGGGCCCUGCUAAUGAAUCCGGCGAAUCUGAGUCAACCCUGAAGCGGGAUGAGCCCCAGCAAGUUGGCACGCAGUCAGAGAAGGCAGUUAUUAAUCCUGACGGCCAGACCGCAACUGAAACAGAAUCUACUGCCAUAGAAACGGCAAACGAGAAAAGCGAAAGGCUUUCCCUCGCAAUUCCCGAUGCUUCUACCAAAGAAGCGUCUGAUUAA